AUGCCAGCAGCAAGCCCCCGGGCCGAUGAAGCACUUCUACACCCAAAGAGCAUCACCAACAUUGGAAAUUGGAAUGUAAGGACACUAUAUGAGAGCGGUAAUAUUGCCCAGGCAACAAGAGAGAUGGGAAAGAGAGAGAUUGACAUCAUGGGCAUAAGUGAAACACACUGGAUCGGUCAUGGUAGGUUGCAACUGCAAGAGGGAGAGACCAUAAUCUGCUCGGGAAGAGAGGACAACAUUCAUAGGCAAGGGGUAGGUCUUUGAAUUCACUGACAUCAUCGAAGAGAUAGCAACUAAUGAACCAACAUUGGGAGAAGUAAAAUCAGCCAUUGGAAGACGGAAGAACGGAAAAUCACCAGGGACAGACUCGAUUACGGCAGAGUUACUGAGGGCAGGCGGAGAAUUUUCUGCAAAGAAAAUACAUGAAUUAUUGAAGAACAUCUGGAAGUAUGAGAAAGUGCCCAGGAAAUGGAAGCAAGGAUUGAUAAUAAAAUUACCAAAGAAAGAAAACCUAAAGGAAUGCAAGAACUCCAGGGGUAUAACACUUCUAUCUGUUGCAGGGAAAAUACAUGGUCGGAUCAUUAUCGACAGACUACGUAACGGAGUAGACAAAAGGUUGAGAAUGGAACAAGCUGGUUAUAGAAGUGGAAGAGGUACAACGGAGCAAGUGUUUGUUCUACGAAACAUCUUGGAACAAGUGAAUGAAUGGCAAGCAACCUUAUAUCCCGGGUUUGUAAACUUUGAGAAUGCCUUUGAUUCGGUACAUCGAGAGAGUCUGUGGAUAAUCAUGAAGAAAUACGGAAUACCGGAGAAGUUAGUGAGGAUGGUAAGGCUAUUCUAUGAUGGCUUCCGAUGUGCGGUUGAAGAAGAGGGUGAACCAGGCGAAUGGUUUGAAGUCACCAGCGGAGUAAAGCAAGGUUGUAACAUGUCAGGGUUCUUAUUUUUUAUGGUACUUGACUGGGUAAUGAGGAGAACAGUCGGGAAUGGUGAGAAUGGAAUAAGAUGGAAAUUUACAUCAAAGCUGGAUGACCUAGACUUUGCGGACGAUAUUGCGUUGCUCUCUUCCACCAAGCAGCAAAUGCAAUAUAAAUUGAACAAGCUUGAGGCAGAAGCUAGGCGUGUGGGAUUGAAGAUCAAUGUGGAGAAGACAAAGAUGAUGAGAAUUAACCCGAGCAGACAAGAACAGUUUACCAUCGGAACGCAAGACAGGAUUGACGAUGUGGAGGAAUUUAGUUAUUAG